AUGAAGAAGAAAACACAGAUGAAGAAAAUGACUGCCAUACUGAUGAGGAAUACAUUAACUAUUUGGUAGAACCUAAAAAAAUUGAAAUUAAUAAUUUAGAAAAUACAAGUUCAAUUAUUUUUUAA